CUCAUGUGAUCCGUCACAUGACAGCAGAUCUACAGAAAGGCGAAAUGGGACUCCGAGCCUGCCUCCUAGGGCUCCUUGCCCUCAUCCUCUCUGGGAAAUGCAGUUACAGCCCGGAGCCUGACCAGCGGAGGACGCUUCCCCCAGGCUGGGUGUCCCUGGGCCGUGCGGACCCUGAGGAAGAGCUGAGCCUUACCUUUGCCCUGAAACAGCAGAACCUGGAGAGACUCUCGGAGCUGGUGCAGGCCGUGUCGGAUCCCAGCUCCCCUCGCUAUGGAAAAUACCUAACCCUAGAGGAUGUGGCUGAGCUGGUCCGGCCAUCACCACUGACCCUCCACACAGUCCAAAAAUGGCUCUUGGCAGCUGGAGCCCGGAACUGCCAUUCAGUGACCACACAGGACUUUCUGACUUGCUGGCUGAGUGUCCGACAGGCAGAGCUGCUGCUCUCUGGGGCUGAGUUUCAUCACUAUGUGGGAGGAGCUGCAGAGACCCAUGUUGUAAGGUCCCCACGUCCCUACCAGCUCCCACAGGCCUUGGCCCCCCAUGUGGAUUUUGUGGGAGGACUGCACCGUUUCCCUCCCACCUCAUCCCUGAGGCAACGCCCUGAGCCACAGGUGGCAGGGACCAUUGGCCUGCAUCUGGGGGUGACCCCAUCUGUGAUCCGUGAGCGAUACAACUUGACAGCACAAGAUGUGGGCUCUGGUACCAGCAAUAACAGCCAGGCCUGUGCCCAGUUCCUGGAGCAGUAUUUCCAUAGCUCAGACCUGGCCGAGUUCAUGCGCCUCUUUGGUGGCAAAUUUGUACACCAAGCAUCAGUAGCCCGUGUGGUUGGACAGCAGGGCCGUGGCAGGGCUGGAAUUGAGGCCAGUCUAGAUGUGCAAUACCUGAUGAGCGCUGGUGCCAACAUCUCCACCUGGGUCUACAGUAACCCUGGCCGGCAUGAGGGGCAGGAGCCCUUCCUCCAGUGGCUCCUGCUGCUCAGUAAUGAGUCAGCCCUGCCACAUGUGCACACCGUGAGCUAUGGUGAUGACGAAGACUCACUCAGCAGAGCCUACCUCCAGCGGGUCAACACUGAGUUCAUGAAGGCUGCCGCUCGGGGUCUCACCCUGCUCUUUGCCUCAGGUGACAGUGGGGCUGGGUGUCGGUCUGUCUCUGGAAGACACCAGUUCCGUCCUAGCUUCCCUGCCUCCAGCCCUUAUGUCACCACAGUGGGAGGUACAUCCUUUCAGAAUCCUUUCCUCAUCACAAAUGAGAUUGUUGACUAUAUCAGCGGUGGUGGCUUCAGCAAUGUGUUUCCACGGCCUUCGUACCAGGAGGAAGCUGUAGCCCAGUUCCUGAGCUCUAGUCCCCACCUUCCACCAUCCAGUUACUUCAAUGCCAGUGGCCGUGCCUACCCAGAUGUGGCUGCACUCUCUGAUGGCUACUGGGUGGUCAGCAACAGUGUGCCCAUUCCAUGGGUGUCUGGCACCUCGGCCUCCACUCCAGUGUUUGGGGGGCUCCUAUCCUUGAUAAAUGAGCACAGAAUCCUCAGUGGCCACCCCCCUCUUGGCUUUCUCAAUCCAAGGCUCUACCAGCAGCGUGGGGCAGGACUCUUUGAUGUAACCCAUGGCUGCCAUGAGUCCUGUCUGAAUGAAGAAGUGGAGGGUCAGGGUUUCUGCUCUGGCGCUGGCUGGGAUCCUGUGACAGGUUGGGGAACACCCAACUUCCCAGCUCUGCUGAAGACACUACUCAACCCUUGACGUUUCCCUGGCAGGACAACCUGUCCCCUGCCCUGUAGCUAGUGGUUCAGUCCCUUAUUCUGCCCCAUUGCAAGCUCUACUGAACCCUCAACUGUUGACUUCUACAGACAGCUUAUCUCCCAGACCCUGAAAUGCUGUGAGCUUGACUUGACUCCCAACCCUACCAUGCUCUAUCACACUCAGGUCUCCCUACUCCUGCCUCAGGUUCCUCAACAAGAUGGUAUAACUAGCAUUUUUGGCUACCCAUUCCUCCCAUCUCACCUUCCUCUUUUCAUCCAGGCUUUUCCAAAAGAUUCUCUACACUGACCACAUACUAUUUCACUUUAUGUUCACUCCUCAAUUCACUGCAAUGAGACCCCGGCUCUCCCUGUUACUAUUUCCUACUCUGACACCAAGAAACAACAGCCUCCAGGGCACACUUCUCAAUCUUUGCUUUAUGGCCUUUCCAUCAUAGUUGUCUACCCCCUCUCCUUCCUCACCUUCUAGGGCUUAGCUUCUCUUAUCACUCCUAUCUUCCUCCUUCAUAGACUUCUCUUUCUGUGCUUCCUCAUGGAGUACUGGUGUUGUUCUUCAUUGCUCCAUCCUUAGUCUUUUCCUCUUCUCACUUUACUCAUUGUUCCCUGGAACAAAUCACUGACAUCCACAACCAUCACCACCUCACUGAAUCACACUUUCUAUCCAAUAGUGAUAGAUACCUCAAAUAUAAGAUGUGUGAUACUCAACACUUCAUCUUUCUCCUUCCCAAGCCCAGGCUAUUCCAUCUCGUUUUGUCUUGGCAAAUGAUACGACGCCAAGCCAACGGCAACCAAGCCAGAAACUUGUGUCAUCCUUGACUCCCAUUUAUCUUAUCAAUCCACAAGUCCUUUAAUUAUAUUUCCUAAGUAUAUCUACAACUUCUCCACUUCUCUCCAUCCUCACUGCUAUUACCUUAGUUUAAAGCCAUAUUCUCUCUCCUCUGAAUUAUAGGAGGCCCUUGCAAUAACACAGUGUCCUUACUCCCUACCAGUCCCUGAGUCAGCUUCCAGAGUAAAAUGCAAAUCCCAUCAGGCCAUUUACUUGAUUAAAAACCUUCAAGGAUUAAUCCAUUAAUCUUUUGAUUAAAGAUCAGGCUUUGCUUUUUUUUUUAAAUCAUGGUUCACCUUCCUUGCUAUUUAUUCCUGAGUAACUAAUUGUUUUUCCUCUCCCAUCCUAACAUCCAAGGAACUCUCACCCUUGCUGUCCACUUAACACCACCACUUAUAAAACUGUCUGGUUGAUUUCCAGGAUUCUUUCAAGGCUUAGUUGAGAAGUCAUCUUCUCUUGUGAACAUUUUGAUUCCCUGAGAUUAAUUGAUUUAGGUGUGGCCAAAAAAUCCUAGAUUUUCAAAACCAAACCUCUUUGAACCUUGGUUCUGAUAUAGACUAGGAGAGAGCCUUGAGCAAGUAAGUUUAUCGCUCUGAGCCUGUUUCCUCAUCUGUUAAGUGGGAAUAUCAAUACCUGCCUUUCAUAAUAAUCAAGAAAUAAUGUUGGUAGAGUGCCUGACACUUGGAAGUAGGCAGCAGGUGUUAGUUCCCAUACUCCCUUGCACUGCACACCCCGUGCCUACCUCUAGCAUUUGUAACGACAAUGCAGUAUUGAAAUUGCCAUUUUUCUUGUUUGCCUCCCUUUCCAAGACCGUUGGUGCCUAGAGGACUAGAAUCUUGUCCUACUUAACUUUGUAUUCCCAGGCCCUAGCUCAAGAGUUGGCAAAUAAGAAUUAAAUAAAUGUCCGAAUGGAAAACCGCA